ACGGGACUUUACUCUUAGUAACACUUGGAUUUGCCGUCCCUAUUAGCCAAUUCCCGCGAGUCCGCAACCCCCAGCGACGACCUCGAUCUCCUAUGCCUCUGUGUGUGUAGCUUCAGCUACCUACCCUCGCCAUGGCCACUCCCCUCCAUGUCCCUUACCUCCUCCUUCUCCUCCUCUCUACCGCCUCGGCGGAGUACGCGCAGGAGCUGCUGCGGCGCGCUGAGGGGGAGCGAGAGUGGAUUGUCGGCGUGCGGCGGCGCAUCCACGAGCACCCGGAGCUCGCGUUCCGGGAGCACCGCACCAGCGCCCUCGUCCGCGAGGAGCUGGAGCGCCUAGGGGUCACCGCCCGCUCCGUCGCCGGCACAGGCGUCGUCGCCGACGUCGGCUCGGGCUUGCCCCCUAUCGUCGCCCUACGAGCCGACAUGGACGCCCUCCCCGUCCAGGAGUUGGUGGAGUGGGAGCAUAAGAGCAGAAUUGACGGUGUGAUGCACGCCUGUGGUCAUGAUGUGCACACCGCGAUGCUCCUGGGAGCAGCAAAGUUACUUCAUGAGCGCAAGGAUCAGCUUAAGGGAACAGUGAGACUCCUUUUCCAACCUGCUGAGGAGGGUGGUGCUGGUGCAUCUCAUAUGAUAAAAGAAGGUGUUCUCGAUAGUGUUGAAGCCAUAUUCGCCAUGCAUGUUGACUAUCGGAUGCCGACAGGCACAAUAGCUGCGCAUGCAGGACCAACACAAGCAGCUGUAUCUUUCUUCGUAGUGAAAAUUGAAGGUAAAACCGGGAAGGCUGAAACACCACACCUAAAUGUAGAUCCUAUUGUCGCUGCUGCGUUUACCAUCCUGUCUCUUCAACAGCUUACUUCAAGAGAAGAUGAUCCUCUUCACAGCCAAGUGCUCUCUAUAACCUACAUCAAAGGUGGGAAAUCUAUUGAUGACACACCUCCAGUUGUUGAAUUCGGAGGUACUUUGAGGAGCCUUACUACUGAAGGACUUCAUCAGCUACAGAAAAGGCUUAAGGAGGUAGUAGAAGGGCAAGCAACUGUACAUAGAUGCAUCGGAGUUACCGAGAUAUUGGGGGCUCCUGACUACCCAAUGUAUCCUGCAGUCGUGAAUGAUGAGAGACUGCAUAACCAUGUAGAGAAUGUGGGUAGAAGUUUGCUUGGUCCAGACAAGGUGAAGCCGGGAGAGAAGAUCAUGGCAGGCGAAGACUUCGCUUUCUACCAACAGUUAGUUCCUGGUGUUAUGUUUGGCAUUGGUAUUCGAAACGAGGUAGUUGGCUCGGUCCACACUGCUCACAACCCACAUUUCUUUGUUGAUGAGGAUGUUCUUCCGAUUGGAGCUGCAGUUCAUACUGCUGUUGUGGAGAUGUAUCUUACUGGGCGUUCGACUCUAGAUGAAGAUGGAACCCCGCAUUUACCGUGAUUUACUUUGGAAGAACAAUUUGAAUGUAUGAACACAUAUUGAGAUGCUCCAUGUCUAGUUGGGUUCAAGGCUCCCAGGAUCUCAGAUUGUGCUUAACAGAAAACAGGUAUGUUCAUGUUCA